GCGAGCACGGAAGCGGAAACUCGGCCAUCUCCUCGCACAGCCAAGCUACUACAGGUUUUCAUCUUUCGACGGCUGUGGUUUUCAGACCCAAUGUUGCCACGGGAAGAAACAAAAAAACUAAGACACAGCACUCUAUGAAUGAAUGGCAGACGAGAUAGAGAAACAAACCAUUUCCAAGAAGAGAGAGACCCUUAUUGUGUAUUGUCCUUGAGUACAGACUGCAAUAUAACUUGGCGGCCAGACCGUUGCCAUGUCGACCUCAUCGCUACGGCGACAAGUAAAGAACAUUGUGCACAACUAUUCAGAGGCUGAAAUCAAGGUUAGAGAAGCAACAUCCAAUGACCCAUGGGGUCCCAGCAGCUCUCUUAUGUCGGAGAUUGCGGAUCUGACCUACAAUGUUGUGGCCUUCUCUGAAAUCAUGAGCAUGGUGUGGAAGCGGCUCAAUGAUCACGGCAAGAACUGGAGACAUGUGUACAAGGCGAUGACUCUUAUGGAAUACCUGAUUAAGACGGGUUCAGAACGAGUUGCCCAACAGUGUCGAGAAAAUAUAUACGCAGUCCAGACUCUGAAGGACUUUCAGUACAUAGACAGGGAUGGCAAAGAUCAGGGGCUGAAUGUGCGAGAAAAGGCUAAACAACUGGUGACAUUGUUGAAAGAUGAAGAAAAACUAAGAGAAGAGAGGAUCCAUGCCCUCAAAACCAAAGAGAAGAUGGCACAGACCACCAGUGCCUCUUCAGCUCCUUCCGCCCCCAGCCUGGGGGGCAGCUUGUCACUGGGCUCACAAUCUGGAGGGGCAGACCCAGAGCAAGCCUGGCCACAGAGCUCUGGAGAAGAAGACCUGCAGCUUCAACUGGCUUUGGCCAUGAGUAAAGAAGAGGCAGAGCAGACUAGCGCGGACCCUCUGGAGGAUGCAGAGCUUCGCUAUGCAAUCACACUCAGCAAAGAGAUCCAGCAAAAGGAGGAGCGACUGCGCAGAGGUGAUGACCUGAGACUGCAGAUGGCCCUCGAGGAAAGCAGAAAAGAGAAAGCUCAACCAGAGGAGGGAGCGUUGAUGGAGCUGGGUGCUGUGGAUCCCUGGGGGGCCUCUGCCUCUGCCACUGUUAGCUCUGCCGGCCCUUCACCUCCACCGGCAGUUUCUGUCCCUGCUGCCUCUGGCCCGUGGGGCGCAGCCGCUGCAGAUCCAUGGGGAGUAGCAUCACCAACCUCCCCGACAAGCUCUGACCCCUGGAGUGGUGGGCCCCCGCCCGCUAUAGCCCCUCCUCCAGACCCCUGGGGAGAGACGUCCAACAAAGUUAACGACGCAGACCCAUGGGGAAGCUCAGCUGUGACCCCCCCCAGUGCUGACCCCUGGGGCUCCCCAGUGCCACCCAGUACAUCCUCCUCGGGGGGCCCGGUAGACCCCUGGGCAAGGGACGGGCCUCUCCCUGCCUCUGAUCUUGUCACCUCUGACAUCUGGAGUGGCACCGCCAAACACACUAACGGCACAGGAGAUCCAGAGCGGCGAGGGUCUUCAACAACAGGCUGCAACAGUACAGGCUCACCGGUGCCGUUUGAUUUGUCCUCACUUGGUUCUUCACUUCCUGUUCGUAAGACUCCCGAGUCCUUCCUCGGCCCCAACGCAGCGCUUGUUGAUCUCGAUUCCCUGGUGUCAUCGAAACCUAAACCCAAACAGCCACCACCUCCUUCACUCUCUUCAUCUUCAGCACACAACCCCUUUCUUCAAAACACAGGCUCUUCUCCUGUUCCUGGCAUGGCUGUGACUCCAGGAAGUACUAUUUCCAGUAGGGGAGUUUCUCCAACACCGGUUUCCUCCAACCCUUUCGGCGUUGCACCUACCAUGACCUCCAUCUCACCCCAGCCCUCAUCACUGGGCCUGAGCAGCUUGCGCACCAGUCCUGUGCCUCCUAAUCCCAUGCUGGGCAUGAUGCAACCAGGAAUGGGCAUGGGCCCGAUGAGUGUUGGAAUGGGGGCUCCAGGAAUGGGAGCGGCCAUGAUGCAGGCCAGUCCCAUGGGAAUGCCCUUCGGUGGUCUCUCUCCUAUGGCACCACCAGGCUCUGGUCUGUUGGGGCCGGGGGGCGCGCCACCUCCUCAGCUGAUUUUGGGUGGGCCCGCAGGAGCAGGAGGAGUGAUGGGGGCAGGGGGAUCAAUGGGAGGUGGAGGAACAACAGGAGCUAGCACCAAUCCGUUUCUUCUUUGAGGAAGUGUCACCACUAAAUCGCUCACCUUUCUGCCUCUUCUGUCGUACCUGCUGCCCCCUUCAUUCAUCUCCCCUUCAACAAAAGUCGUGUCCACAAAUAAAAACAUCUACAUUUCUAUAUUUAAAGAAAAAAAAAAUCCAAAAUUAUGUUUGUUUUCCUUCAAAAGCAUUAUUUCAUUUCAGAAUAAUUAUCCAUAUUUAGUUCCUUUCAUUUCAAAAUGGGAUAUUUUGUGAUGGGAAAUAGAGAUCUAUUUAUUUUGUUUUAAUCCACCUUUGUUCUGUAUUGUACUUCAUUGUGUGCAUGCGUGCGUGCGUGUAUGUAUGCGUGAGUUUUUUCCUCCAGUUCUGUCAUGAGACGAAGGUAAGUCUGUGAUAACAGGUAGCUUUUUCAGUAGUGUGUCUCUACUUUAAUGCGACUGCACACGAGAGAGCUGGAGGAAGAGGUCGCAUAGCCUCUAACAAACUGAACAGAGAAACUCUUGUACCUCCUCUUCCUCUUCUCCCUGUAGAAAGACGAUGAGCACUGGAUCACUGAAAUGAAAUGAGCGCAUCAAUGAGGAUUUUCAUGUUUUUUAAAAUGGACUUCAGAAGGAGAUGUCGACUGGAUAACCUGCAUUAACAUUUCAGGCACAAUGUGAUCAAAUUGCUUCAGCUAUUUCACUUUUUAAUUUAAUUUAAUAUUACGUGUAAUUUAUUUUUUCCAAUGCCUGGGAACAAAUAAAACAAAAUAUCAUGCAACGAUGCCAUUUAAAUCAGAUUCUUAUUUUUUUUCUGUUCCUGAUUAUUGCAAAAAUCAGAGCCCUGAUGUCUUUGUUCUGUUGGGGGAAAUUAUAUUUGUCGAAUGUGUGGGUUUACAGGGAUGUGUGAGAAACAAAUGAUUAUUUGUGUGUGCAUGUGUGAGAAAAUGCCAGUUUGUGUAUAUGUAUCAGAUUUUGUGUCCAAUUUCAUUUCAGCAACUGAAAGGAAGAAAUUAUAUUAAUUUUUGCUUUUGAAAGUCACUUGUAUUAAUAUGUCAUGUUGGGAGUUCAAAUGAGGUAUUAUAAGGGUCACAUGGUUUUCUGACAGUUUCACACUUUGUUUUUCAAAAGCAAUUUUUAUUCUUAUACAUUUCAUUUUGCAUCCCCGGAGCACAGGCGUCCUGGAGCAACACUGUCCUCAUUUUUCACCCCCCACUUUUUUUUUUGUUUGUUUGGAGAGGGCGCGCUGCUGAUGCUUCUUUAGAAAAAAGACAAUUAUUUAAAUCAAUGGAAGGAGAUAAAACAUGCUCCAUGCUGUCCUUUUAAUUUAGUUCAAAUAAUUUGUUAUUUUAUAUCAAGAAGAAUAUCUUAUCGGGUAAGGUUGAAUUUUGUGUGGUGUCAACUGUGAACAUUCACAUUUGAAAAGCAAAAUGGAGAAAAAAAAUUAAAAGAAAUUUAUGAAAUAAAAAC